AUGUUGCGUGUAGAGCAUGUAGGAGAUGUGAAAUACUUGUCGGUUUGGCUCCUUCUGAAGGUUAAACUUGAUUUCUUCUUGAAGUUGGGCUCUUGGUCAAGAAAGGCUUUUAGGAUCCUUCUUGAAAGCCAAGAAUUCCAAUUUGGCUCCUUGUCAAGUGGGCAGUUCCUAGAGAGUCACGAGCUCAUAAGUCCUUGGCUUUGUUGA